CACGCAAUACCUUAGAGGCCGGGAAAGGGCGGGGCCAGCAGGGGGACCUGCUGCUGGGAGAGCCGCGGCCGGAGCGGGGGCCAUGGCGAAGCUGCUGAGCUGCGUCCUAGGCCCCCGGCUCUACAAAAUCUACCGGGAAAGGGACUCGGAAAGGGCCCCGUCCGGCGUCCCUGAGACUCCAACUUCAGUCACUACCCCCCCUUCCAGCUCCUGGGAUACGUACUACCAACCCCGUGCCCUGGAGAAGCAUGCUGACAGCAUUCUGGCACUGGCUUCAGUCUUCUGGUCCAUCUCUUAUUACUCCUCUCCCUUCGCCGCCUUCUACUUAUACAGGAAAGGUUACUUGAGCUUGUCCAAAGUGGUGCCGUUUUCUCACUAUGCUGGGACGUUGCUACUACUCUUGGCAGGCGUGGCCUGUCUCCGAGGCAUCGGCCGCUGGACCAACCCCCAGUACCGGCAGUUCAUCACCAUCUUGGAGGCAACGCACAGGAACCAGUCUGCCGAAAACAAGCGGCAGCUCGCCAACUACAACUUUGACUUUAAGAGCUGGCCAGUCGACUUCCACUGGGAAGAGCCCAGCAGCCGGAAGGAGUCUCGAGGGGGCCCUUCCCGCCAAGGUGUGGCCCUGCUUCGCUCAGAGCCCCUGCACCGGGGGACAGCAGACACCCUCCUCAACUGGGUCAAGAAGCUGCCUUGUCAGAUAACCAGCUACUUGGUGGCGCACACUCUGGGGCGCCGGAUGCUGUACCCUGGCUCAGUGUACCUGCUCCAGAAGGCCCUCAUGCCUGUGCUGCUGCAGGGCCAGGCCCGGCUGGUGGAAGAGUGUAACGGGCGCCGGGCAAAGCUGCUGGCCUGUGAUGGCAACGAGAUUGACACCAUGUUUGUAGACCGGCGGGGGACAGCAGAGCCCCAGGGACAGAAGCUGGUGAUCUGCUGUGAGGGGAACGCGGGCUUCUAUGAGGUGGGCUGCAUUUCUACACCUCUGGAAGGAUGGCCUUCAUUCUGUCGCCACCACGCGAUUACUGAACCUCUGAUGUCAUCUCCCCAUUCUGCCGGAUAUUCAGUUCUGGGCUGGAACCAUCCAGGCUUUGCUGGAAGCACGGGGGUGCCAUUUCCUCAGAAUGAGGCCAAUGCCAUGGAUGUGGUGGUCCAGUUUGCCAUCCACCGCCUGGGCUUCCAGCCCCAGGACAUCAUCAUCUAUGCCUGGUCCAUUGGCGGCUUCACUGCCACGUGGGCAGCCAUGUCCUACCCAGACAUUAGUGCCGUGAUCCUGGAUGCCUCCUUUGAUGACCUGGUGCCCUUGGCCUUGAAGGUCAUGCCAGAUAGCUGGAGGGGCCUGGUGACCAGGACCGUGAGGCAGCAUCUCAAUCUGAACAACGCAGAACAGCUGUGCAGGUACCAGGGCCCUGUGCUGCUGAUCCGCAGAACCAAGGAUGAGAUCAUCACUACCACGGUUCCCGAGGACAUCAUGUCCAACCGAGGCAAUGACCUCCUGCUGAAGCUCCUGCAGUAUCGGUAUCCCCGUGUGAUGGCAGAGGAGGGUCUUCGAGUGGUGAGGCAGUGGCUGGAGGCCUCCUCACAGCUGGAGGAAGCCUCGAUCUACAGCCGUUGGGAGGUGGAGGAGGACUGGUGCCUAUCUGUCCUCCGCUCCUACCAGGCAGAACACGGGCCUGACUUUCCCUGGAGUGUGGGGGAGGACAUGGAUGCAGACGGAAGGCAGCAGCUGGCCUUGUUUCUGGCUCAGAAGUAUCUGCACAACUUUGAGGCCACACACUGCACCCCGCUCCCAGCCCAGAACUUCCAGAUGCCCUGGCACCUCUAGCGACCACAGUGGGACUCGUUCUGAAAGAGUGGGACAGGAGGAGACAGGAGGAAGGAUCCUCUUAUUUGUGAUUCUCUGUGUUCAUGUUGCUGUUUAUAGUUUGUGGGAAGUGGGGGGACUGUCCCCCUUCUCACUGCCCUCUUGCACGUUUCCCCUCAUCCAUCUGGCAGUACCUAACCUUUCCCAACACGCAGCCUGCAUUCGAUGGAUUAUUCCUAAUAACUAAUAAAAAGGUAUUUUUUCUACA